CUCUGCCUGCUCUGCUAUCCUCUGCUUGGCUGCUUCGCAUAGUUCACCUCAUCCACCUGUUCAUCAAUACCAAGAAGGGAGAUCGAUCAUGGGCGCCGCCACCUGCAUCGACAUCAUCCUCGCCAUCAUCCUCCCGCCCCUCGGCGUCUUCCUCAAGUUCGGUUGCGGGAUUGAGUUCUGGAUCUGUUUGUUGCUCACCUUCCUCGGGUACAUCCCCGGCAUCCUCUACGCCCUCUACGUCCUCACGCAGUAGAAUCAAGGCCUCGUCGCAAGUAUUUUCUUUCCUGAUGAUGCAAAUUUCUAUGGUGUUUCGUUGGACUGUGUGAAGAAGAAGGCGAAGCUCUCUGUAUAUGUAUUAUGUAUGGGUGUUCCCAGAUGGGAGUUUGUCUUUUGUAAAAGUUUGAUCCCUGUUGAAGUUUGCAAUCUAUGACAUGUAUCUACUCGAGUUUCUUUCUCACUUGUUUGCCUCAGCUUUUCUUGUAGUACAUAAUAAAUAAAUAAAGAAGCAUCGUGUUUCUACU